AUGUCUGAGCCUCAAACUGGGUCGGUCCCUAAUCCACCUUGCCCUGCCACACUGGACCUGGAGCAGGUAUUUCGAGUGGAGGUGCUGUGCCGCGGGCGCAGACACACCGUGCCGAGGCGCUACAGCGAGUUCCACGCGCUGCACAAGCGGAUCAAGAAACUGUACAAAGUGCCUGACUUCCCCUCCAAACGCCUGCCCCACUGGAGGAGCCGGGGCCUGGAGCAGCGACGGCAGGGCCUGGAGGCCUACAUCCAGGGCAUCUUGUGCCUGAACCAGGCUGUGCCCAAGGAGCUCUUGGAAUUCCUCCGACUGCGGCACUUCCCCACGGAUCCCAAGGCCAACCACUGGGGGGCCCUGGGAGAGUUCCUGCCCAGCAACAGCAGCCCACAGCUGCUCCACCGGCCUGUCAUCAGCUUCUGCACAGACCCCUACGUGUGUGCCCCCUCUUCAGAGCCUCUGCCCAGCGUGGUGGUGAGUGGCGUGCUCCAGGCCCUCUACAGCUGCAGCCUCAGCCCUGUCCAUGCCCAGCCAGAGGCUGUCUGUCCCCCAGCUCCUUUGCCAUCCAUGCCCUGACAGGCCCAGAGGCCUUGGGGCCCAAGAUAGUCCCACCUGUCAAGACAGAUAUAUGCCUCAGUCCACUUGCUUGGUCUCGGACCAAGGUCUUACCCACCCAGGGCUCAGAACUCAGCCUUCACUGGAAGCUGGGGAGCAAAGGUCAGGUGCUCAAGAGCCCAGAGGACUUGAGUGAAGGGAAGCCGUGCAGAAGUAGGCUGUGACAGGGCAGAGAAGGGAUGUCUUCACCGGAACCACAGUUUAGAGAGCAAACACACAUCAAGUGGAGGCUGGGUGGCUGGCAGUUUAGAGGGACUCUCACCUGAUUCAGUGUGCAUCUCGCCUGGGUACAAGGUCAAGGUCAGGCAGGUACCAAAGGAAAGAGCUGCCACCACAGACCUUGGACGUGUGGGUGUGGACUUGGGGGAGAUGCUGCAGCGCUGGGAACCCAGUCCACAUGCAAGUUAUUAAAAAAAAAACCACCUUUA